AUGUUUUUACUUACGGUUACUGGGGUUGACUUUAAACCAGAGGAUAUACAAGCACAACUUCAGGAGUACACGUAUGGACCAUCCACAGAGAUAACAACCAUAUCUGACUUUCCAGUGAAGUCAUUUCAACCCAAAGUCCAGUUACCCUACUAUACCAUUCCAGGACAGUGUCCAAGAAAGAUAGAAAUUGAAAGGAGAAAGAGGCUGUAUGAGAGCCAGAAUUUAAAGACUCUGCUUGCCAAGGAGUGCAUAGACAGCAGCAUGCUGAUGCCAAAAAUGUUGACAAAUGGAAACAACAAUGUGAUACUGAAUGCUGAUUUGAAGGAUCCAGCUCCAUUCCCACCGUAUUUACCACUGGAGAUAUUUGAUGACCAAGAGUUUGAUUGCCGCACACCCCACGAGUGGAUUAGAUUAGGAAAGGAGGACGGAAAGAGAAUGCCUGUCCCUGGCAAAGCCUUGUUGCCUUCCACUGAUGAUGUGCAUGAUUUGGAUCCCAGAGACCCUAGUAUCACCUAUGCCUGGGUGGAUGUGGGAGUGUUGGAUUACGAUAAAGCAACACAGCUGUAUCUGGUGCAGAAAUGUGAUGAAAAUGGAAGGAUUGUAGAUCAGAAGGGAAAGACAAUAGUGAAUGGUGGGAAGAGAAAAGAUGGCACAAGAAUUACUUUGCCCUCCCAGUACUGGAUUCCCAGAGUUAGGCUGCUAUUUAUGGCAGAGGAUCCUCGAGAUUUUGUUAAGCGUGUUGGCCAUGCUUUUAGAAGCCGCAAGCACACAGAAGCACUGAUCCGCUAUAACCUGUACCUGGACUGUAUGCCUAUGGAUGGAGUAGGGGAACUGGACCAGGCAUCAUUGAAGAGAAUGACUGAUUGGGCUAGAAGUACUUCCUCACUGUCAAAGGACAAAAGCUUGGAUGACUACAUACAGUUGUUAGAGAAAGAAGUGAACAUUGAUUUCUGUCGCUCCAUGAAUCGGAUCAUCUUCGAUAAGACUGUGGCAGAAGAUCCUGCAACCUUUGCCUUUGUCACCAUCCCAGAGCCAGUGAAAGAGGUGAUACCAGAGAAAGGCUGUGUCACAGACUUACCUGAAUACCCAUUUGAUGAGCAGUAUGACAAGUUUGCCUUCAACUCCCUGCUGACCAGAGAAGAGAGUAUCUCAGCCAUUGGCAAAGUCAGGACUGAAUGUAACAAGGUCUCUGCUAUGUGCCUCUUCCAUCUACCUAUGAGUAAACCCAUGAGGCUUGAGGAGUUUGAACAGACACAAAGUCAGGCCACAUCCCAGGUUUCCCUGUUUUUGAAGGACAGCUGGAUCACUACCCUGAGAGCUGCCAUUAGGACCAGCUUGAGGGACAGUGGGAAGGGUUGGUUUAAUAUCCAUGAAACCAACUGGGAUGUGUAUCAGAUUUCCAAGCUCAAGAAGCUGAUGGAGAUGGUCAAGUUUAAUAUGCAGGAUUCCCUGAGGUACCUGGUCCAGGACUCUUUGGUCUCUUACACCCAAAACGUACUGGAUGCCUGCCAUGCCUGUUUGACUUAUGAAGAAGACAGAGAAUGGGGACCAGACCUUUUAGCCAGUAACUACAGACCCAAGAGGAAUGCUCUGUUUUUGGUGGAUCUGCUUCUGGACAAAGAAGGUGCCCACUACAGUACUAAUCUGAACAGCUUUGAGAGCACUCUGAUCAGCCUGUUUGACAAAGGCAUCUCAUCCACACAGAGUGUGCCACAGUUGGAAAAGUACAUCAUGGAGGACAUAUUCUGGUCUGGCACACCUCUGCUGGAGUCUGUGGGAGAACAUGAACCUCCUGUGGAGGAACUGAGAACCACAGUGACAAAUGCCAUAAAGAAAGCACUCAUUCCAAUGAAAGCCUAUGCCAGAGAGUAUGAGAAACAUUUGGAGUUGAUGAAUUUGGACAUAAAUGCAUAUGUCAAGGAGUAUGAAAAGCAAGGCAAAUCAGCAGCUGAAGUGAAGCAUGAAGUAGAGAUGCACUUGAAAGAGAAAGAAGUGAUUGAAGCCACCAUCCCCAGCACCAUAGUCAUAGGACCAUUCUGGAUCAACACAGACACAGUGAGAAAGGCAUUAGCAAAGAAGAGGAAAGACCUGAGUAAUGCUGUACUGGAACUGUUAGCUAGACAGCUCAGAAAACAAGCAGAUGAUGCUUGUGAAGAGUUCAAGGCUAUCAGCAGAAAACUCUAUGACAAGUCCAACUGCAUUGAGGAGCUGUCAGAGAUGAGGGAAUGGAUGAAAGGAAUACCAGAAAAACUGAAAGAACAUCAGGAACUCAUUGACAAGGCCAUGUCAGAUUAUGAAUUGAUAGAAGAUUUCUACUAUAACCUUUCUACUGAUGACUUCAAUGCCAAGUGGACUGCUAUUGGGUGGCCACACAAGAUAGAGACUCAGAUGGAGAACACUCUGGUCCAGUUGGAGGAGGAUGAGGAGAGGUUUAGGAAGCUACAGGUUCUAGAUCAGGCCAACUUCAAUGAUAAACUGGAUACACUGCAGAUGGUUGUAGCUGGUAUGGCUGCCCACACUGACAUAGGUAGAGCACAUGAGAUUGCCAAUGAGGCACGCAGAAUAAAUAAGCAGCUGAAGGAAGCUCAAGAGGAUGCUGCCAAAUACAACAACAGGGAACGCCUGUUUGGUCUGCCUGUCACAAACUAUGACAAGUUGAUAAAGCUUGUGAAGGACUUUGAACCUUUCCGAAAUCUCUGGAUCACAUGCUCCGAAUGGCUCCGUUGGAAUGAGAGCUGGAUGAAUGAUCCACUGACAUCCAUUGAUGCUGAAAGCCUGGAAAAGAAUGUGAAUGACUCCUACAAAACCAUGCACAAGUCUGUGAAGAUUUUCAAUGAUAUACCUGGUGUGCAGCAAGUAGCAGUAGAGGUGAAAGGCAUGAUAGAGGAGUUUAGACCUUAUAUCCCUCUUAUCCAAGGCUUGAGAAACCCAGGCAUGAGGAACAGGCAUUGGGAACAGCUGUCAAACGACCUUGGUUUCCCAGUGCGUCCAAAACAGUCCCUGACCUUCUCCAAGUGUCUUGAGAUGAGACUACAGGAUCACAUUGAAAAGAUCAGCAAGGUGGCAGAAGUAGCAGGGAAGGAAUACUCCAUUGAACAGGCUCUUGACAAGAUGGAAGGUGAAUGGGCACCAGUGCUCUUUGAAGUGAUGCCAUAUAAAGAUACAGGCACCUACAUUGUGAAAAUAUCAGAGGAAAUCUCACAGCUUCUGGAUGAUCACAUUGUCAUGACCCAGAGCAUGUCUUUCUCCCCAUUCAAGAAACCUUUUGAGGAGAGAAUCAGUACAUGGGAAAGUAAACUAAGAACAACUCAGGAUGUCCUUGAUGAGUGGCUGUUGUGCCAGAGGUCAUGGCUGUACUUGGAGCCCAUCUUCAGCUCAGAGGACAUCAACCGCCAGCUGCCAGUGGAGAGCAAGAGGUAUCAAACCAUGGAGAGAAUCUGGAGGAAGUUGAUGAAGCAGGCACGGGACAAUCCACAGGUGAUCUCACUGUGCCCUGACGCCCGCCUGUUAGACAACUUGAAGGAGUGUAACAAACUGUUGGAGCAGGUCCAGAAGGGUUUAAGCGAGUACUUGGAGACCAAGAGAAAUUCUUUCCCCCGCUUCUACUUCUUGUCUGAUGAUGAACUGCUGGAGAUUCUCUCUCAGACCAAAGAUCCUACAGCUGUACAGCCUCAUCUUAGGAAGUGCUUUGAGAAUAUUGCCAAGCUCAAAUUUGAGGAUGAUCUGAAGAUCACGACUAUGUACUCUGGAGAAGGAGAAUCAGUGAGUUUCAAGGAGUCCCUGUAUCCCACUGGCAAUGUGGAGGACUGGUUACUGGAGGUGGAGAGAGUCAUGAUGCAGAGUCUCAGAUUUAUCAUCAAAGAUGCUUUGGAAGAUUAUGAAAAGAUCCCUAGGACAGAGUGGGUAGUCAAGUGGCCUGGCCAGGUUGUCAUAGCUGGCUGUCAGACAUUCUGGACUUCUGAGGUGUCAGCAGCACUGGAGAGAAAAGAUCUGCCUGGACUGUUUCAAAACUUGCUUAGUCAGCUUGAUGACCUGCGUAACCUGGUGACAGGAGGGACAUUGACACGUAUUGGAAUCCAGGUGUUGUCUGCUCUCAUUGUCAUUGAGGUCCACGCCAGGGAUGUGGUGGCAAACAUGGUCAAAGAGAAAGUGGAAAAUGUCAAUGAUUUUGAAUGGAUCAGCCAGUUGAGGUACUACUGGUUGGAAGAUGACAACAUGUACACCCGGGCUGUGAACGCCCAGUUUCUGUAUGGCUAUGAAUAUCUGGGGAACACAGGGCGCUUGGUUAUUACACCACUGACUGAUCGAUGUUACCUGACCCUGACUGGGGCCCUCCAUCUAAAGUUUGGUGGUGCCCCUGCUGGGCCUGCAGGGACAGGGAAGACAGAAACCACUAAGGAUCUGGCCAAGGCUUUUGCCAUUCAGUGUGUGGUCUUCAACUGCUCUGACCAGCUUGACUUCAUGGCUAUGGGGAAAUUCUUCAAAGGAUUGGCAAGUGCUGGGGCGUGGGCAUGUUUUGAUGAGUUCAACCGUAUCGACAUUGAGGUGUUAUCAGUGGUUGCUCAGCAGAUCACAACCAUUCAAAAAGCUCAACAGCAAAGGGUAGGCACUAUAUGUCUGGACAUAGGUUCAGGGGCAUGGGCUUGCUUUGAUGAAUUCAACCGUAUUGACAUAGAGGUGCUGUCAGUGGUGGCCAUGCAGAUCACCCAAAUACAGCAAGCACUCAUUGCUAAGGUGGACAGGUUCAUCUUUGAAGGCGUAGAGCUGGCUUUGAAGAAUUCCUGUGCUGUGUUCAUCACCAUGAACCCUGGCUAUGCAGGCAGAACAGAACUGCCUGACAACUUGAAGGCUCUGUUCCGUCCUGUGGCUAUGAUGGUGCCAGAUUAUGCCCUGAUUGCAGAAAUCAGUUUGUUCUCCUUUGGUUUCUCUGAUGCCAAGAUCCUCUCCAAGAAAAUCACAACAACUUUCAAGUUGUCAUCUGAACAGCUUAGUGCACAGGAUCACUAUGACUUUGGUAUGCGUGCUGUGAAGAGUGUGAUAUCUGCCGCCGGCAACUUGAAGAGACAGAAUCCCAAGAUGGAUGAAGAGUUGAUUGCUCUCAGAGCCAUCAGAGAUGUGAAUGUGCCUAAGUUCCUGCAAGAUGAUUUGAAACUCUUCAACGGCAUUGUAUCAGAUCUUUUCCCCAACAUCAAAGAGGAACCUAUUGACUAUGGAGCUCUUAGUGAAGCCCUCAACAAGUCCUGUGUCAAACUCGGCAUCAAAGAAGUGGAUGGAUUCCUACACAAGUGCAUUCAGCUUUAUGAGACCACUGUUGUGCGCCAUGGACUUAUGUUGGUUGGGCCAACUGGUUCCGGAAAGACAAAAUGUUAUGAGGUCCUGCAGAAAGCCAUGACUUCACUGAAGGGAGAACCAUCUCCAGCUGGUGUGCCCUUUGAGGCUACCCACACCUAUAUCCUCAACCCCAAGUCCAUCACUAUGGGGCAGCUGUAUGGAGAGUUUGAUCUCAUGACACACGAAUGGACUGAUGGGAUCUUGUCCACUCUGAUCAGACAGGGCUGCUCUGCCCAGGAUGCAGACAAGCGUUGGUAUCUGUUUGAUGGCCCUGUGGAUGCUGUGUGGAUUGAGAACAUGAACACUGUGCUGGAUGACAAUAAGAAGUUGUGUCUCAGCAGUGGAGAGAUCAUCAAAUUAACUGAGCACAUGACUAUGAUGUUUGAAGUGCAGGACCUGGCAGUGGCCUCCCCUGCCACUGUCAGUAGGUGUGGUAUGGUGUACCUGGAACCCAGUAUUCUGGGCCUGUCACCAUUUGUAGAGUGCUGGCUUAAGAGGCUGCCUGAUGCUAUAUACCCACACAAGGACAAGUUUCAGGCACUCUUUGAUGCAUUUCUGGAGGAUUCCAUUCAUUUCCUGCGAGGCAAUAUGAAAGAAUUUGUGCCAUCUAUGGACAGCAACUUGACCUUUAGUUUGUUGAAACUGCUGGAAUGCUACUUCACCCCCUUCAUUCCUAAAGAGGGAGAAAAGGAAAUGCCAGAGGAACAACUGGAGCGUAUUGUGGAUCUCAUUGAGCCUUGGUUUAUCUUCUCCCUGAUCUGGACUGUGGGUGCCACCUGUGAUAAUGAUGGAAGGAAGAAGUUCAGCGAUUACCUCAGAGAGAAGAUGAAGAAAGAAAAUUGCACAAUGCCAUUCCCAGAGAAAGGCUUGGUAUAUGACUAUAGGUUGGAUGAUGGAGGCAUUAGUGGAGGCCAUGGAGACGACGAGGAGGAGGAUGCAGGUGGAGAACGCAAGAUUCAGUGGUUGGAUUGGUUCCACGGCCGUGCUCAUUUCUCUAUACCCCCGGACAGCAAGUUCUCAGACAUCAUUGUGCCCACCAUGGACACCAUCAGAAGUGCAUACAUCAUUGAAAUACUUCUGUCUAACAAUAAAACAGUAUUGUGUGUGGGUCCUACUGGGACAGGAAAGACCCUCUCCCUGGCAGACAAACUGAGCAGAGGCAUGCCAAAACAGUAUAUCCCAGAAUUCAUUGUGUUUUCUGCCAAAACCAGCGCAAACCAGACACAAGAUCUGAUUGAUGGCAAACUUGACAAAAGGCGAAAGGGAGUUUUUGGACCUCCUCUUGGAAAAUACUUCAUCUUUUUUGUUGAUGACUUGAACAUGCCUGCCCUGGAGACUUAUGGGGCCCAGCCGCCUAUUGAGCUGAUCAGACAGUGGAUGGACUUCAAAGGCUGGUACGACAGAAAAGCCAUAGGAGAUUUCCGCCAUCUUGUUGAUGUGAACUUCGUGACUGCAAUGGGUCCCCCUGGUGGUGGACGUAAUCCAGUCACUCCUAGACUGCUGCGUCACUUCAACUACCUGGCCUUCACAGACCUGGAGGAUGACAGCAAACGGACGAUCUUUGGAACCAUCUUGAACUGGUUUUUAGCUGCCAGUCCUCCCGCAGUGCGUGACCAUGGUGACCAAAUGGUAGACACCUGUAUCGAUAUGUACAACACCAUUCUAAAACAGCUGCUACCAACUCCAGCCAAGAGCCACUACACAUUCAACUUGAGGGAUCUCUCCAAAGUCUUCCAGGGCAUGCUCAUGGCAGACGCUGCUAAGCUGGAGACACUACAGGAAUUCCUGCGGCUGUGGUACCACGAGAGUUGCCGCGUGUUCCAGGACCGUUUGGUGAAUGAUGAAGACAGGGACUGGUUUGACAACUUAAUGAAAGAACACAUGCUGGCAGAUUUCCACAUCCAGUUUCAAGAUGCUGUGCCCUCACUGCCUAUUCUAUAUGGAGACUUCAUGGUGCCCAAUGUAGACAACAAA